GGUAAAGUAGAGUUAGUGGGAUUUGUACACAUUUAAAGGAGGUUUAAAUACAAGGACGGUCACUUUUAAGAAUUUCCAGACAGGAUAAAGAGUUUGUCUCUGCAAGUUUAUCUUUUUCCAAAGUUUAUUCUGGGUUUUUUUUAAUUUAUGUUAACUUCCACUCUGAAGACACAUGCAGGCUUGCUUUGCCUGAGAGGUGUGAAGAUCCCAGGUGAAGCAGCAUCCUUCAUUAGACAAAUCACAUCAAACUGAUAAUUGUCGUCAGGGAGACUUUAAAGUGUAAAGGAAUCUAAUUAUUUUUCUUUCUAUCACAUUAUCCCUCUAUUUAGCCUUAUUCACACCCCAGCGAUAGACUAACGAACCAUGUCCUCCGGGAAGGUCGCAUUUUGGCACUUGCGAGUUUCUUUGAACUUUUUUUUUUUUUUUUUUUUGUCGCUACAGCUGUGAACCUUUAAACCUCCGGAGAUCAGCUUCUGUAUAAAACCACUUUGGCCAAAUCACUUUCACACACUCUCCCUGCCGAAACACUGAAUGCCAUCCGUCGCUGCUUGGUCGCCUGGAUAUCCAACAUGAACCUGGAUGUGGUUACAGCUGAAAUAUUGUCUGAGUGGAAGUGCCAUGAGAGCGCCUUUGGAGAAAACCAAGAGUCACCUCAGCCCACUUCACCUGAGUCACAGAGGGACUCGGUGUGCUCUUCACCGGAGAUGUGCUACUCCAGCCAGCAUCGGGAGAUCAAAGACUUCUCCUUCACCUUCACGAGCCGAGAAGUGACUGCACCACCGGCGCAAAGGCAAAGCAAGCCAAAGAUGUCCACCAAAAGACGCAUGAAGGCCAGCGAGCGGGAGAAGAUGCGGAUGAGGAGCCUCGCAGAGGCUUUGCACCAGCUUCGGGACUACCUGCCGCCGGACUACAGCAAGAGAGGGCAGCCCCUGACCAAGAUACAGACGCUCAAAUACACCAUUGAAUACAUCAACAAGCUUGCAGACCUCCUGAGCCGCACGUAAAGGCACUAAAAAUGGACCGUAUUUGGACAUUUCGUGAAGUUUCUUUAUCUGUUUCUUUUAAUACUUUCCUCUUAUUUUUUUUAACAGUUAUGAUGUAAAUAUUGUUUACUUUACUUGCACUUGCCAGAUAUUUUCUGUAUAUGAGGCAUACUUUUGUUGAAAUUACGAACUCAGUGUUUAUGUUGACAGAAUUUGGAGAAGAGUCGUCGUACUUGAUUCAUACUUUUACCCUCCUGUUUUUAUAUUUUAGAAUUUAAGAGAAUUGGUAACGUCCAGUUUUGCUGUGUGAAUUUUGUAUUUUUCUGAAAUACUAAAACAGGUCGAUUUGUAUACUGCUAAAUGUUCUGCAUUCACCGGCUUUUUUAAUCCAAAUUAGUUCUACAGUCAUGCUUUUCCCCUCAAUAAACGUGUGUAAUGUG